AUGCCGGAGUUUCAAAGUCGUCCAAAGGUCCUCAUUCCUGAAAAGCUAUCUCAAGAUGGUUUGGCAUUGAUGCGCAGUUCUCUCGAUGUCCAUGAACGGAAAGAUCUGAGCGCUGAUGAGCUGUUGGAAAUAAUCCCCGAGUACGAUGCUCUGCUGGUACGCUCCGAGACGAAAGUCAACGCGGUUCUGCUGCGAGCUGCCCGGCGUUUGAAGGUAGUUGCUCGUGCUGGUGUCGGAGUGGACAAUGUUGAUGUGCAAGAAGCGACAAAAUUAGGGAUUGUGGUUGUCAAUUCGCCGUCGGGAAACAUCAACUCGGCAGCAGAACAUACAAUUGCCCUGAUGAUGUCCAUAGCGCGAAACAUUCCAGCUAGCUGUGCCAGUCUCAAAGAUGGAAGGUGGGAGCGAAGCAAGUAUGUUGGCGUGGAAGUCAAAGGCAAGACGUUGUCGAUAAUUGGACUGGGAAAGGUUGGGUUAACUGUCGCACGACUGGCCAAAGGAUUGGGAAUGAACGUCAAUGCCCUGGAUCCCUAUGCCUCAGCAGCCCUGGCAGCAUCCGCCAGUGUUACGCUUGUAUCCUCUUUGACCGAACUGCUUCCAUCCUGCGACUUCUUGACCAUUCAUACACCGCUCAUUGCUUCUACUCGAGGGAUGAUUGCAGAGGCUGAAUUGGCUCAAAUGAAAAAAGGAUGUCGCGUGCUCAAUGUAGCUCGAGGUGGCACAUUUGAUGAAGAAGCUCUGGUUGCGGCGCUGGACUCGGGCCAUAUCGCGGGGGCAGCAGUCGAUGUGUUUACAUCGGAGCCGCCAGCCCCGAAUUCACCUGCAGCUCGACUCAUCGCGCAUCCACGGGCGGUUGUCACACCGCAUCUUGGUGCCUCCACGGUCGAAGCACAGGAGAAUGUUUCGGUUGAUGUCUGCCAGCAAGUACUUGAGAUUUUACAAGGGUCGCUGCCUCGCUCGGCUGUCAAUGUUCCAAUCAUCCUCCCCGAAGAAUAUAAGAAGCUGCAACCUUUUGUUCGUCUGGUUGAGAAGCUCGGUAGCUUAUACACUCAGCAUUAUGCCACUACCUCUGGGGGAUCCAUGACACAAAACACGUUCGACCUGAUUUAUCAAGGAGAGCUGGCUAGCAUCAACAACACGAAGCCGUUGUUUGCAGCUCUUAUAAAGGGGCUACUGUCUCCUAUCAGUAGCACCGAGGGAUUGAACGUGAAUAUCGUCAAUGCCGAGCUUGUGGCUCGUGAGCGUGGAAUUUUUGUAUCGGAGCAGCAUUCGCGCGACCCAUCAGAGCACUCGUCAUAUUCAUCACUGGUAACUCUUGUUGCCCGUCCACCAUCUCGCUCAUCCUCACGGGACCCUACUACUGACACCUCUGGACCUAUUCCACCCCAACAGCAACGCAUUAUCUCUGGCACAUGCUCUGGUGACCAGCUGCUGAUCACCCGUUUGGGUCGGUUCGAGGCAUCGUUCGAGCCAGAGGGAACGUUGCUGAUAUGCGAAAAUUAUGAUUCGCCAGGGAAGAUCGGAGUUGUGGGUAGCAUUCUUGGCCGAGAGGGAAUCAACAUCAACUUCAUGACGGUGGGACCACUUUCACCCAAGCAUACAACUACUCGUAUUACCAGCAAGGAAGAUAAUGAAGAGCCCACGAAAGAAGUAUUCUUGAAGGAGUCCUUGAUGAUCCUGGGAAUUGAUCGAAAUGUUCCCCCUCAUGUUACGACUGACCUCGCGAAAGAAGGUGGGAUUUUAAGUGCUUACGCUGUGACUCUCUAG